AAAAAGGAUCGUUUUCAUCUCACGACUGCGAAUUUUAAUCGGCACAGGACGGGCCUCUUUAUUGUUUUCAUGUAAAACUUGCCAGAGGCGGCGUCCUCGAGUCGAUCCGGCGGCCACCUUAGGAAGGCAAGUGCGUUCCUAGCCCGAGAAAGCGGCCGCUGCGAGUCAUGGAUGGCGAGUUGCAGUGAAUCGACCAGGGCAAUGCCUGCGGACUCGAUGCAGAAGCUCGGCGACCUCGAGCUGGCCGAGAAGUUGAGGCGAGAGGACCCCGAGCAUUAUGCCACCCUGGUGCGGAUGCACCUGUCCUUCGUGCUCGAUCUGGCCGUCGAGGAGAGCGAGCCGGUCGAGAAGCAGAGCGGCAAGGCGGCCAAAAAAUGGUUUGGCACCUCCAAGGUCCGGAAGCAGUCCAAGGGUGUGAUGGAGGGCGCCCCCCUCACCCAGGAGGGAAUCUGCCAGGUGUACCAGCUGAUCGAGUUCCUCAAGGACGAGCCCAAUAUCACUCAGGAGGGAAUUUUCAGGCGCAGCGGCAAAAUAUCCAGGCAGCAGGAGCUUAAGGCGCUGCUCAACCAAGGCCAAGCCCUCAACCUCGAUCAGGGCAACUAUUCCGUCCACGACUGCGCUUCGGUGCUAAAAAACUUCUUGGCCGACCUGCCCGAGCCGCUACUAACUGAUGCACACUACCAGGCGUACUGUCAAGUGGCUGAAAUGUGUUCAACCGACAAUACAGAGGCUGAAGAGCCCGUUCGGCUGCUGCGGUCACUGCAGCUUCUGCUUUUGGACCUUCCUUCCGAGAACAAGGCGCUGGUGACCGACCUGCUGUUAAUGUUGAACCAGGUGGCCAGCCACGAGGACAAAAACAAAAUGUCGGUUGACAACCUGUCGACGCUCUUCACGCCCCACCUGCUGUGCCCGAGGAAACUGUCACCAGAGGAGUUUCACGCCAACUCGCAGCUCAUGUCCAGGGUCGUCUCCUUUAUGAUCAAACAGGGCAACAACAUGUUCAAAGUGCCGCCCAAACUGGCCACGGACGUUCGGGCCUACUGGGCUGACAAGGACAAGGCGAAGGAGGAGCAUGAGGCUGUGACGACGGUGUUUAGUUUUGUGGACAGGCAGCUGACAGCCGAGGCAAACUCAAGUAAUCCAACCGAAGCGGCGCUGGCGCAGCUGUAUGCGCACAUCCAGUCGUUGCCAGAAUCAGCCAACAAGCGCCGCCUUGUCAAGCAGUUUAAUAAGGAGAAUGGACAGGGAACGCCACUUGUGAAGAAGCAACCAAAUGCCAGGAGCCUUGGAGACUCUAUCAAGAGACACAUUUUUACCAAAGCUUUGAAGCGAUACAAGCAGCAGGAGAAGAGUGCCUCCGCCGACGACCUGCUGAAGGUGUCGAAUGAGGAGAAGAAGACGGAGGCGACGAGCAAGUCUAGCCUAAGAGUGAGCGAUUCCGAUGCUUCCGUCCCUGAUACUAACCCUGGCGCGUCCGGUGGUGAAAGCGCCCCGACGCCAAACACUAACCCUGUCUCCUCCUCCCCGCUCUUUAACACGCCGUCGCUGCGCACGGCGUUCAAUAACAAAUCGGUCUCGCCCAUCACCAUGUCCGCGCAGCGAAUGCCCAGGUGUAUGCAGGACGCUAUGAUGACCCCUCGAAGCCGAAAGCCGGUGUUGGUGCUGUCGAGCUCCAAUCUGUCGCCACUGGCGUCGCCGUGGAAGGCGGUGCCGUCGAGCCUACUGCAAGAGGCGGCCGAGGAGGGCGACGGCGAUGACACGUCGCUCAGUUCGACCUUCAAGGAGUACCUGCAGAGUCGCAGCGUGCUGACCGCCAGCCCAGUCAGCCUGUCGUGCGACGCGAGUCCCGAGAAACUAAGCAAUUCGCUGCUCUACUGCCUUGACGGCAACGACCCAUCCGCCGCCUCCACCUCCGCCUCGUACGUCACCACCCUGAGCAACGAGUCCAGCUCGAGCUCUGGAUCGCGGAAGCGCGCCUGUGACGACAGCCUCUUUGCAGACCACUCCGUGUCAUUGUCGAGCGACUCGGCAAAGAAGAGCACCCUAGAGUCAUCUUACUCCUCCACCAUGGGCUCCAGCAUCAUCAGGGAGACUUCCUUGUGACAUCACCCACCCUAAAAUCCAAUUUGAAUGUUGGUUUCAAGGGUAAUACCCUUGUGUUCAGCCAAAGUUAAUCUUCCACUUCUUGAAACUUUAGUAAUCUCAUUGCUGUUUGAAUUAUUCAAAUGAGCCCUAGUGAUCUGUUGUAGAAAUAUUUUCUGUUUCUCUUCUUCACAGUUCUUUUGUAUUAAUCCCAACAGCUGACAAUUAAAACUAUUAUAGUGAUGACAUGUGCCUGAAAAAGGUGUUUUAUGAUAUGUAAAGAAUAAAUUUUUCGUAUAUUAUGUCAA